CUGAUUAGACACCAAACAAGGAAGGGGCUAUAAUCACUUGCAACUAAUUCUUUCCAAAAGAAGAACAAUUAGAGUAUAUCAAAAUCAUGAAGAACCAACUGAUAGGAUUUCUUUUUUGCUUCUGGAUUGCUCUUUCACAGCCUUUUUAUUUUCACUCUGGGGAAAGAGAGGAGAAAUGUAUAAUAGAAGACAUUCCAAGUGAAACCUUGGUAAUUGGGAGUUACAUGGUACAAAAAUGGGAUAUGCACGAACAAACAUUUCUUGAAUCUGCUCCUGGCUUGGGAAUGUAUGUGACCAUCACAACUCCUACUGAGGAGGUAUUGCUGUCAAAACUGUAUGGACCACAGGGAAGAUUCUCCUUUACAUCCCAUAUAUCUGGAGAGCAUAGUAUUUGUUUGCAGUCUAAUUCCACAAGGCUUAUUUCCUUUGGUGGAAGUAAACUGCGUAUCCAUUUGGACAUUAGAGUUGGAGAGCAUCUUAUUGAUGAAGUCAUUGCUCAAGCCAAGGACAAAGUUAAUGAAGCUAACUUUAGAGUUGAACAUCUAAUUGAGCAAAUUCAUCACAUAUCCAAAGAACAAAACUAUCAGAGGCAACGUGAAGAAUACUUUCGACUGACAAGUGAACAAACCAACAGCAAUAUUCUGUGGUGGGCUUUUGUACAAACAUUAAUCCUUAUCUUGGUUGGCAUUUGGCAAAUCAAAUGUCUUAAAGAUUUCUUUAUAGCUAAAAAGCUUGUUUAAAAUAAAUUAAAGAAACAGUCCCACAUCUAUAUUAUACAAUGCACAGGGGAAAAUAGCUAAAUUAAUUAAACACUAAAUAAAAAAAACAUGCAGAUAUCUGAUAUUUUUAUACCUUCAUUUUUACCAUAUUUCACGGUGUGUAAGUCAGGUUUUGAAGGUCAAUUUUUGUGUAUGAAAAAUCAAACUCAACUUAUACACCAUUCUGACACUGUUUGCAGUGGAUGCGGCCACGCCAGCCAAGCGCUGAGUCUGGCCCCAUCCCCUGUGAACAUUGAUGAGCACAGUGUUGCUCACAGGGGACAGGGAAGGGGACGGGGACAGAAAUGGGCUCAGUACUCAACUGGAGUAGCCCUAUCCCCUGCAAGCAGUGCUGCCAGUCCAGCACCAAGCCUGUCCCUGUCCCCACCCCCUGUGAACAGCACUGAGCUCGGCACCACUCACAGGGGAUGGGGAAGCGGGCAGGGAUGGGAAUGGGGAUAGGGCUGGGCUCGGCUGGGCUGGGCUCAGCUGGUGUAGCCCCAUCCUUUGAGUGGCGCUGGCAGCACUACUCACAGAGGAUGGUGCUGCAACAGCUGAGCCUGGCCUCAAGUUGUACACCACGCCUAUGAAAAUCCUUACCUUUCCAAUUGGAAAGCCGGGGGCCAACCUAUGCACCAUGUCACCUGAUACACCGUGAAAUAUGGUACAUAAAAAGCUGAUAUUAAAGAAUUUUCUGAUUGGCAAAAUCACAUUCUCUGAUAAGAAAAACUGUAAAAUAAAACUUAGUAAGUGGAUAAACUGUCCGUGGUCAGGGGAAGAAUUAACAAUAUACAGGCAGUCCUCGACUUACAUCGUUCUGACUUGUGGUGAUCCGCACUUGCAGUGCACUGCCAUUUACGCCCACAUUAUUACUUAUGGCUCUGGAUCCUCACACUUACGGCUGUAAGUACAAGGAUCUAGCACCGUAUGUCAGUCUGCUUCCUCAUGUGCUCCAGCAUGCUUCUGCUUCCAUAAGUUUCUGGUAUUCUUCUAAGUUUCUUGUAUUCUUUGAUCUAUUAUGAUGUGCUUAGUGCUUGGUGAUUAGUGCUUAGUGCUUAGUUAUAUUCAGUCUGCUUCCUGAUGUGCUUAGUUAUAUACAGUAUUCAGUAUUUCAGUAUAUUCAGUAUUCAGUCCACACUGGUGAAGGUGUUCCUUCACCUUCUUAUUAAAUAAAAUUAAAUAGUUGAUUUAAAUAUGGUGUUUAUGGUCAUUUCUGUAAAAAGUUGGGAAUCAGGCCCUUGGUCAGGAACAUAACCCUCUAUUAUAACAUUGUUUCUAUGGGAAAAUCAGAUUUGACUGGCAUCGAUUUGAUUUACAGUGCCUUUUCCAAGAACGUAACCCGCUGUAAGUGCAAGGACUGCCUGUAAUCUUCUUAAACUUCACUCAUUCCCUCCUAUUCCCUUCUCUUGCUCUGCUACCAAACUCACAAAAGAAGCUUGUGUCUACCUUCCCAUUUAUUUGGGCAAAAUCACAAUCUUGGUUCCCCCGUUACCCUCUAAGAACUUGGGUCACAAGGUGCAUCUGUUUGAUUUCAAAGGUCCAUGUGCCCUUCUCAUUCUCCUUCCGUGCAUUCCCAGAACUGCUGCAACCUGAGCAGAUUAGCAAGUAAACCCAACUAGAUGGAAGGAUCCAGAAACAGGCCCAAGUAACCUGAUCUGGUGGUGUGCUCUGCCAAAUGGAUAUAUGCAGGAUUAGGCACCUCACAAACAUUUGGUCACUUUCUUUCAAAAUAAAGCAGGCAGUAGUGUUAGCAUUGGUGCCCACCUUUAUAUAAAAACCUGGUAAAUUAGUGCAUUUAUCCACCAUUCGGUAGAUCUUGAUUUAACUCCAUCCUCAGGAUGUUAUAACUCCUAUUUCUUGCUUCCCAGGAGAAUGUUAUAGACUUUUGAAUGGGGUACCCACAAUCAGUCCUGUGGAAGGUGUCCUCUAUGCAACAAAGAAUGAAGAUUGCCAGAGAAAGGGAUAGAGCAUGCUUCUGCAGUUUAGCAGUUAGGGACCCCAGGGAAAGGGACCAGUAGAGAGCAUGGCUCUGUACCUUAGCAAUUAGGGAAUCCAUGUGAAAGGGGGAGUUCAGAGUUCUGGUUCCUGCUUCCAAGACUAUUUAUGUCUUUAAUCAAAUGAUUGCUUAACAUAAGGUAUGGGUCCCUUGGGGUAGGCAGAUAGGCACCAGAACCCAUGAUUAUAGACCCCUAUCUUUGCAUAAGAAAAGACUGAUCUUCAAUUAAUAAUAUGAUUAGGUGUUCUGCCAAAAGGCUGUUGUUGGAUGCUUUAUAGAUGCAUAUAAUAAUUAUGAUAAAAAUCAAUGACGGUUACAGAGUACUGCAUAACAGUUAUUACUGAGCUUUUGCAAGUAGCUCAAAACAAUGAAAGAGUUCAUCUUACCAAAUGUAAUUUAAUAAAGGUUGUUACUAAAGGCCAUGUUUUGAUAAACGCACUUAUGAAAUUAUAUGACACUUCUAUGAGGAAAAAUAUUACUCAGUUUCAGCAAUCUGGCCCCUAAAAAUUAGUCAUUCAUUUAAUCAUCUGUUCAUCCCUUUUUCUGCCUUACAGACAUGUUUUAGUGUUCCUCUAGUUUCUGUUUUCUUGGCGAAUAAUGCUGAAUAGUUCUGUAAAUUGUCACGUGUGAGAAAUAUUAUCCAAUGGAACUGAAUGGAUUUCCUGGCAAUCUUUGGCUAUAUGUAUGUAAGAAUAUUCAUAGUUUCAACUUAGUAUGUUUCUUUGUUGGACAGCUAUUUUUCCUUUAAUUAAGAAACCAUGACUGUUAUUUGUUAGCACUGAAAAUACUGGCUUUAUCAGGAGCUGUUUCUAUGAUCUAAUCAUGUAGUCCCCUCAAACUGGAUUAGCAAAUGAGUUGAGAGUGUUGCUUCUGUAAUUUAAUUUGACAAGCUUUAUUUAUAGGCUGUAGAAAACUUGAUUUGAAGGCAAUAGAGGAAUACGAUAUAUGCAGCCUCCUAUCACAGCAAAUGGAUAUUUCCUCACUUCCUACCUUAUUUCCCCUUUCCUUCUGUGAUAAGAAUAGUUUGUAUGACAGUAUAAACCAUAUUUACAAUGUAAUGUUCUGUAUUUCCAAUGGAUUUCAUCACGGUGAACUUUAAAGCAAAUUUUCAGCACGAUUAAAAUGUCAGAAGAUAAGCCAUAUGAACUAUAACUCAGUUCCAAAAUAGGAAGGUUAUAAAAACUGCCUGCUUUUCAAGAAAAAUAAGAAUGAUUCAUUGUUUUUAAAAUGACAGCAAAAAAGAAUAGAGAUGAUAAAACUAAUCUUAAA